CACCGUUAAUAAGGAGCUGGUUUGUAGUGUCGAUGGAGCAGAAGCUGGCGGAGUUCAGAGCCAGACGACAGGCUGACAAUGCUGCUAGAAAGGUCGAGGGGGUUAAUCCGCAGUGCAGAGCCCGGACAGUAGCGGACACAGCCCCUCAGACUGAAACAACAACAACAACAACAACAACAACAGACAGUCAACAGACAAAAGAGGAGACAGACAGUAUCAGAGAUUCACCUGAGAGCUCCCCCAGGAAGGACUGUAGUGACUGGCUGCUGGACAGCGCUCUGGGAAGAUGGCUGACUUCGGGACAAGUGGUCUUCUCAAACCUCACUUUGCUUAAAGUGCUGCUGUGGCUGGUGCUGCUCGGCCUGUUUGUUGAACUGGAGUUUGGCCUGCCUUUCUUCGUCAUUUCCCUCUUCUACUGGCUCUAUGAAGGACUCCGUAGUCCAGCUGCCCGCGAACCUGGAGAACUGAGCGCUUAUUCUGUCUUCAACCCAGACUGUCAGCCUCUGCUGGGCUCUCUCACUGCAGAGCAGCUGGAGGGAGAGAUGGGUUACAGACCUCUGGCUAACAGAUGAAGCGCUUGAGAUUUGCACAUUUAUAUAUUAAAAAAAAAAAAAAAAGAUCAGAUGUUUUUGUCUUUUCAAAAAUUUUAACUUUAUUCAGGAAUGCACAGUGACUUAAAAUAAUAAUUAUUUCUGUAUAACACAUUAAAAUGAGAUUGGUUCGCUUAGUUCGGUUCUGCCUUUUCUUCUUUUAACUUUCGCCUGCAUUUCUUUAACUGAUAAAAUGUGGGAAUUGUGUCUAUUGAGAGAAAUAGGGAGAAACAAAAGGGGCACGCUGCUUUUAAUUUAUAUGAAAAAUAUGUUGCUUACUUUAAAUAAAAGGCUUUGCAAGUUUAAUAAAGAA